AUGGGCCGUGGUAGUCGUCGCUUGAAGGUUCUGGUCUGCAAUGCGAUCCUGCAUUGUUUCCACUCGCCAGUUAUCACUAGGCCGGUAGCCUGGCCGAGUCCGACCAACCCCGUUGGGUUUCCCCCUCCUUCGAACUCUCAUCAAUUCGGCGUGGAAAUGCAGUUUUUUAAGCCGAGCCCCCAGGCCAUCGUUCCGUGCUACCUGGCGCACAUUCACGUCUUGUUGCUGUUGUCUCUGGUGUUUCAUCGAAAUCCUAAUGCAGGGUUAGAGGCAGCCGACUUGAUCAAACCGGUGUUUCUGGUGCACUAUUGUACCCUAGUUGGGUGA